AUGGCUGCCCUCAGCUCGUCUUCUCUAGUCGCUCAGAGUUCCUCCAGCAUCUUGGGCGAAUGCACCUCAGCUUCUUCCUCCCCGUCGCACAUACCCACGUUCUCUGGUCUCCGCACGCACGUCCCAGCGAAAGUAAUUGCCGCAAAAAGCAAGUGCACCAGCGACUGCAAAUGCUCGCGCCACCCCGCCAUCCGCGCUGCAGCAGUUUCCGAAAACAGCAGCUCGCACGAAACCAGCGAUGUCGCCACGUCAUCGCAAGCGCUGUUCGCCAGCGUGGCACAGACUUCCGCUCCGUCGGCUGCACCUCCUGCUUCCUCUAGCAUCGUCCCUGCCGUCCUCGCUGCAGGCCUCCUUGGAGGAGCUACGUUUGCGCUCCUUUCAAAGAAAGCCGCACCACCCGCGAAACCUGCCCCUCCUACUCCGGCCGUCGUUGCCGCUGCUGCUGUCACGUCCAGCUACACAAAUGGCGCGGCGACUAAAUUCGUGAAGCGAGCGGCGCCUGCCGCGCUGGCGACGAUGGCGGCGACGUUUCCGAACGCGAUGCAGGAGGAUACGUUUAUGAAAGCGGUGGCAGAGGAGCUCCGCAACCUUGGCUUUAACCGAGACAAUUGCAUCGCGCUCGUGAACACAUGUCGCGACGAAGUCUGCCGCCCAAUUGUGAACCUCAUCGACAAGGAGUUCGGCAUGUCGUUCAACCUCGCGGGUCUGGGAGGACUCGUGAGUUGCGGCAAGACGGGGUUCAAGGCGGCUAUGUCGCAUUCGCCUGAGUUCCCGUGUGAAACCGACGGCAAGCCACGCGAAAGAUACAUAUUUUUCGGGUUCCCCCACGUGUCGAUCGGUGAGUCGGGCGAGGUGGGGUCUCUACUGCGGCGUGGACGCGGCAAGCCGUCGAGCGCGUGCGGAGCGCUGAUUGCAAUCAAGGGCGACAUCCAGGCAGGCGGGCCCGUAGAAGAAGACCCGGAUAAUGCCGAGUAUGUGUCUCUCAAAAAGAAGAUCAUUGCGCGUGUGAAGCCGUCCUCGACUCCUUCCGACGGCCCGUCGCUAGUCCAAGUCACCAGGGCCGCGCUCCAAGCAAUUACUGAUGACCUGGAGCAUCUCAUCUCCCUCACUGUGGAUACCACUACUGCCGACUACGCCGUUAUCACUGGCGUGCAGAUUCACUCUGGCGAUCAGAUCCCCGGCGAGCCCUUCCGCAUUGAGCGUACCUGCGACUACAUCGCGCCCAAUGCCAUGUACGCCGUGAUUCGCGGAGAGAAGCACAUUCUUCACACGGAGAUCAACCAAAUCACCGCCAUCAAGUCCGUGCCUGCCGACUUAUUCUCCAACAACUAG